AUGCUCCAUAUACUUGUGGUUCCUCUUCCUCUCCAAGGCCACAUAAACCCAAUGUUCCAAUUCUCAAAACGCUUAGCAUCCAAAGGUUUAAGGGUGACACUUGUCACCAUCUCCUCUGACACUCAUCAUGAGCCCAUAGAAACCCAAUUGAGCUUGGUCAAGAUUGAGUCAAUUUAUGCUGCAUCUGAAGAAGCAGACAAGAGUAAUGCAGAGAACAAGAUGCAGUGGCUCCAAAACAUUUUGUCAGAAAGAUUACCAGAGCUGAUUUCAAAGCAAGAGAGCAUUGGGUACCCAAUUAGCUGCAUUGUCUAUGACUCAGCCAUGACAUGGGCUCUGGACAUGGCCAAAGGGCUAGGCAUUGCUGGGGCUUCAUUUUUCACUCACUCUUGUGCUGUUGGAACUGUGUACUGUAAUGUGCACCAAGGGGUGCUUAGUGUUCCUCUGAAAGAGGGUCCAAUUUUACUACCUGGCUUGCCACUACUUGAGCCUCAUGACCUGCCCUCUUUCAUCUAUGAUCCAGGCUCCUACCCCUCCUUUUUAAAGUUGGUGGUUGGCAGGUUUUCAAAUAUCACUGAUGCUGAUUGGAUUUUCUGGAACAGUUUUGAUUGCUUGGAACAAGAGGUGGUGAGCUGGAUGAGAACAAGAUGGCCAAUCAAGACAAUAGGGCCAACCCUUCCAUCAAUGUACCUAGACAAAAGGUUAGAAGAUGACAGAGACUAUGAUUUCAACCUUUUCACACCCAACGUUGACACUUGCAUCAAGUGGUUAGAAUCAAAAGAUACAGGCACAGUGGUGUAUGUAUCGUUUGGAAGCAUGGCUAACCUAGGAGAAAAGCAGAUGGAGGAGCUAGCAUUGGGCCUAAAAAGGAGCAAAACCAACUUCUUGUGGGUAGUCAGAGAAUCAGAAAUUCAAAAGCUUCCUAGCAAUUUCGAAGAGCAAACAUCAGAGAAGGGUUUGGUUGUGAAUUGGUGCCCUCAACUGCAAGUUUUGGCUCACGAGGCCGUUGGUUGCUUCAUGACACAUUGUGGGUGGAACUCUACACUUGAGGCAUUGAGCUCAGGGGUGCCAAUGGUGGCAAUGCCACAGUGGACUGACCAAUUGACAAAUGCUAAGUUUGUGGAAGAUGAAUGGAAAGUUGGAGUGAGGGUCAAGGUUGACCAAAUGGGAAUUGUCACUAAAGAAGAAAUAGAAAGAUGCAUAGCACAAGUCAUGGAAGGAGAGAGAGGGAAGGAGAUUAAAAGGAAUUCAAUGAGAUGGAGAGAAUUGGCUAAGGAGGCUGCGGCGGAAGGUGGAAGCUCUGAUAAGAACAUUGAGGAAUUUGUAGCAGCUCUCUUAUCUCAAAAGACACACCCCAAAAGCACGCACCCAUGGCAAACCAACACCCUCAAGGAUGUGGGCCAAGUGGGUGGACCUUCUGGAGGCGCCACUUUCAGUUUUGAAUCAGGUGCGGGUCAGAGCCCCGAUGGUGCGGCGGGUUUGGAUUUGGGUGGGGCAGCUCAUCUUCAACUGGGGGUGGAAGCUCUUGGGCUAGUGGAAGUGGUUUUGGAUAUGGAGGUGGUGGGUUUGGCAAUUCACAUGGUUCCAAUGGCUAUGGAGGCAAUAGCAAUUACAACUACAAUCAGGCUGUGCAUGGACCUCUCGGAGGUCACUAGCUACAUAUCCAACAAUCCAGAUCCAAUGUUUGGUUUACGUGGUACAGUCGCAAUCGCUUCCGAUGCGAGUCGUCGACUCCUUCAAUCUGUAUCGUUUCAUGGGGUGGGUGCCCGAUGCCUCAAUAUAAGAGCAGGGGUGGAGAUUCCAGACCAUAAGCCCCUCAAGUUUGCGCUUCAGUACAUACACGGUAUUGGCAGAGCCAGGGCUGCCCAAAUCCUGUCUGAGCUCAACAUGAGCAACAAACUUGCCAUGGACUUGACCAGAAGAGAAGUUGUUGCUUUGGAUGAUGUACUCAGCAAGUACGUCAUUGGAAGGGAUUUGGCGGGUCUUGUUGAUAGAGACAUAAAGAGAAUGAAAGACAUUCAGUGCUACAGAGGGAUAAGACAUGUUGAUAACUUGCCGUGCCGAGGGCAGCGCACCAGCACCAAUGCCAGGACCAGGAAAGGUAGUCAGCGGGUUGCUGUUGCAGCAUCAAAGAAGUUGAAGAAGUAG